GUUGCUCGUCUUGGUUGCAGAUGAGCAGAGAGAAAACAUUGGAGGGAGACAGAAGGGGGCUAGAGGAGCAGUGCCUUGGGCAGGCGAAUUAUGCAUGCACUAGGCGAGCGCUGAGAGAAUGGCUGUGGAAGCUAUCCAUUGCAAUCUGAAUCCUAAUGGCAUUGAUCGUCCUGUCCACGCAGAAGAUAUUAACCUGUCACUUGAAGGUGAAGGAGUUGAGUUGCCCUCACGUAAGAACGAUAAUACUCGGAAGGUGCUUGAGUCAAAAGGGACACCCAAGAGACAGCAAGUGGAACCAGAAACAUCUAAGUCUGGUACUGUGAAACUGACAAAACCAGUAGCUCUGUGGACCCAGCAGGAUGUCUGCAAGUGGUUGAAGAAACACUGCCCUAAUCAGUAUCAAAUCUACAGUGAGUCAUUCAAACAGCAUGACAUAACGGGCCGUGCAUUGCUGAGGCUUACUGACAAGAAACUUGAACGAAUGGGGAUUGCCCAGGAGAGCCUACGACAGCACAUUUUGCAGCAGGUGCUUCAGCUGAAAGUGAGAGAAGAAGUCCGAAAUCUACAAUUACUUACACAAGCUCCAACAGAGACUUCUCCAUAAACACUACUAGCCUCUAAAGCUUCUGUCCUGCCAGGUGAUAUGAAAGUGAACUUUACUUCGUGAAAAGCAUAACAAAUGGCACUGCCAGAAGGUAACCAGGAAGAAUUGAAAGAUUAACUGAAAUACAACCAUUCAGUCAUGAUGAUACAUUCUGGAAAGUCCUGGUUUGCUGUGGUAUUAAAAUAUGGUGCAUAAAAUACAGUGCCAAUUUGUUCAAAGUGGUCAUUGACAGACCAUUAGCUGGAAAAUUGUUUCCAGUUUUCAUCACUGUGCAUAACUUUGAGUUCCCAUUAGGGGACUAUCUGUGCCCUUCACUAGAAGUUCUGUUUUAGCAUGGCAACUACUGGAUUAUUUUAUUAUGUAUGCAGAUGGCAUGAUGAUGUUUUAGGAAAAACUUACAGCAGUUCUUCAACCUCAGUAAAAAUGUUCACAAUAUUAGACCCCCAAUAGGAAUGUAAACGUCUUGUAUAUGUUAGUUAUACAGUCUAAUGGUAUUCUGUUUAACUAUAUGUGAUCUCCGCACAGAAGAGUUAGCACAUUCUAUACAUGUCAGGAAAGGUCUUUUCUUUAUUUCAAUACUAAAAUACGUUUCAGUACCUACACUAAGACUGUAUCUAAAAUAGAACCCAUACUUGCAUAUAUUCACAGAUUCAUGGGAGAUUGCAUAGAUAGAUUUGCCCAUGGCAUGUAUGCCACUAGAUGUAUUUUACUGAGACUUACUGAACAGCUGUCAUGGAGGUAGCCAGGAGUAUGGGAGGCUGAAUGGGCUGUCAAACAUUGCAUCUGCUGUCCCCCACCCUCACCAAUAAACCAAGCAGUCCGCAUUUCUGUUGUGCCAAUGUGAGGUUCCCAUUAAAUUGUAAAGGAAAAGAUCCCUUCUCUGAGAUACAUUGUGCCCAUGGCUUUGGUCUACAUUAAACACAGGAGAGACUGGAGACAUCCUGGUUCUUCUGCUAAUCACUAUUUUUUGGGAGUGGGGCAGUGAAUUACAACUUGCAGAGUCCAAACAAAACCUCUUGAAGAUAGUAAAGAGUGAGAGGUGGACUAGAUGCUCCCACUCUGUAUGGUACCUCAUAGAGGACAGACACCUCCAUUAACAUUUCCUCCUCUUUCUACCCAAAACACUUUUUUUUUUUUUAAGUCUGAAGUGAGGUUUAGGUAAAUGGUUCUAAUAACCCUUUGGGCAUUCUGUAGCAGGCUCAAGACUGUUGCAUUCACAUUGAGCAUUGUUAUUUGUUGUUCAGUCUCUAAGUGGCUGACAUCACGGGUUGUGUCACAGCUGGCUGUGGUACAGUUUUCAUCCAUGGAGACUUAAUGGAAGUACUUUUCAUCCCACCCCUCACAUUGGGGCCUAUUUGAAACAGACUAUUUACAAUGAAGUAAAUUAAAUAGUCAGCAGCAUCACAAGGGACCAGCCUGGUGGUUCUUGCAGUUCCUAAAUCAAAGAUGGCACUUUUGGUAGCCAAAGAACAUCUUUCUCUCCAGCCUAAUGGACUAUCACUUAGUCCAUCUGCCAAACCUGUGGAGAGCCUUCCAUGUUGGAAACUUAGAUACCAAUAGUGGAGAGAAGAUGAAUCUUAAUGGGAUUACAGUAAGACAAAGAGCUAUUUUUGAGGAAAUUCAUGUGAUACACGCUUAGAAGCUAUUCUAUACCCUACUAGUGAUUGUAAGAUCAACCAAUUAGAGCACCGUUGCACCCAAAGUGUAUAUUUUUGGCUUUUUCAGAUGCGUGUGUAUUUGUCAGAACUUUUCACCCAUCCCUGAUAUGUAAACAGUAUAUAUACUUUUUGGAAGAUAUAAAAAAAAGUCAGGCUCAGCAUGUUGGCUACUGUAUAAUAUCAAUUUAGAACACAAUUAUAAUUAGUUAGGGCCAAGAUUUUCAAAAGUGUCUAGUGAUUGUUGGGUACUUAACUUGACACUUUAAAGGAGCCUGAUUUUCAGAAAAUGCUGAAAAUCAGAUCUCUUUAAAGUUUCUCAAAUUGGGCAUCCAGAACUUUCAGGCAUCCAGAAUCACAAGGCACUUUUAAAAAUCAUGGACUUUAAUUUAGGUUGGUUAGAAAAACUUCAGUAAAGGCAUAAGAAUAAUAUCCUCUAAGUGCGAAGUUGCUAGAGCAAUAUUUUAGCAAUGUGCACUUUUUAGAGUUGUCCAUAGAUUUGCAAGUUGACUUUUUUUAGAAAUUGGUCAUGUGCAUUGCAGAAUUUCAUUAAAAGUUUUAGCACAUUUAAUAGGCCUUUCCUAUUCUGUUUUAGAAUGGUCAUUUUCCUAAGUCACUUAUAUUGCUAUUGCUGUUUUUAAAAAAGAAAAGUUUAUCAGUUUGUUUAAAAUAAAACAAAAAAAGAGAGAGAUACUUAUAUGUUAAGGAUCCUCUUUUACUGUACUCAAGUUUACUACAUAGUAAUACAUUCUAGAAUAAUUCAAAUGAUAAAGUUAAGAUUGUCACAUAUGGUUACUAUAUGGGUGUGAGAGAAAAAAAUGGUUAGGUAAAAUGUUUUUAUAUCAGUGUUAGUUUAAACGUCUGCUAGUACAUGGGCAUGAACUUAAAUGUCUGAACUAAUCCUCUUAAAGCAGUUUGUUUUAAAUGAUUCCCAGAGUUUAGUUAGGAGGAUGUGGGAAAUACAGUGUUAGAGGCACUGAGAAAUGUGAAAAUAAGGGCCAAGUCCUGGUCCAACUGAAUUCAGUGGAGUUUUUUUCAGAGAUUUCACGAGGCCACUGUUUGACACUAUGCUUGAAACUUACUUAGGCCUCAAUCCUACAAAGACCUAUGCAUGUGAAAAGACUUCAAGCAUAAGAAUUCUCCCACUCACGUGUGUAAGUGUCUGCAGGAGCAGGGCCAUAAGGAGCUUACUGUAUAUUUGAUUUGUAUUUAACUAGUCACCACGUUUAAUCACUGUUACUCUCUGAAAAAGUAGGCCAUGCUUCCUCAGGGAUAUUUAUGGAAUUAUUAUACAUCCACUGAACAAUUGUCUGAAUCCCAACACAUUCCUCUGAAAAGUGUGUAAUAUAAAUAAGGGUAGGAAGGGGGUUACAUUAUUGUGAAUGGAGCUGAGUACUGUGUUGUGAGAGAGGCUAUGGAAAGCUGUCAUGUUUUUAUGCUGAACACCUUAUUAAUAGCAGACCCCUCCACUUCUUUUCCCUGGGUCCCAAGAAUAGAUCCAUGGAACGAAUGCUCUGUCUACAGUCAUAAUUAAUUUAUUGCAAGGGUGCCAAGACUAAGCCAACAUGAAAGGGAAGGAAUAAAUUCAUUCCUGCAAAAGGAAGUGAAUUUAAAUAUACCCAUAGCCAUUAGUCCUGUGUAAAAGCAGAGUAGGAGACUAAUGCCAUUGUGUUAGAAUAGCAGAUCUCAGUCAGCCGUGUGUGUGUGUGUGUG